AUGCAGGAUUACAGGAACACCACCACAAAUCAAUUUUUGCCUGUCUAUUGGGCUGGCUGCCAGCAAUGCACUUGUGAAAUUUGCACCUCCCGUGACCCGAACCGGAACAGCGAAUCCUCACUGGUCGAGCCUAGCGCUGAGGCUCGAAGACCUUCAUUUACAAUCGAAUCUCUUCUUAGCCGAAAGGACGAGAGAAAGCCCGAAGUGAAGCCGAGCAUGGAGACAUUUACAACUCUGAACAUGAAUUUGGUCUCAAGUAACUCUGCCACACAGUUUCAGAGUGAAAGAUCUGAGUUUCCUUUUGGAUCUAACUAUCUCGAAAGUUUACGAAGGCAGAGUUUUAGCAUGGAGCAGUUUUCUUUGUUAGCGAGAGGAAACGUUCCAACGAGUGGAAAUUUCAUCUCACAGGGCGAUGAAAUCGACUGGACCGGUGAGAAACCAAAACGCAUGCGCACGAUUUUUACCGUGGAGCAGCUGGAGCGCCUGGAGAGAGAGUUUACACGCCAGCAAUACAUGGUGGGAGGGCAACGGUUUUAUCUGUCAAAAGAGCUUGGACUGACAGAAACUCAGGUCAAAGUUUGGUUUCAAAAUCGUCGAAUAAAAUGGAGGAAACAGCUCAUAGAGCAAGAAAGGAAUAAGGUCAGGCAACAGAAGGAGCCAGACGUUGGCGGCAACAUGAAGACAGAAGACGUCAAUAACUGA